AUGGCUAGGAGUUCCUUGGGGUGUAUGUCAAGGUGCUGGGGUCCAUGCUUGGAUUUUCGGUAUAUGGAAUCAAUCCCACUUCCUACCACUUGGAGGUCUAAGUGGUUCCUCGACAAGUUGGAGGAGGAGUAUUGGAAGUUAAAGCACGAAGGGUGGAAAACAACCGCUCACUACUGUUCCUCCAUUUCCCGCUUCCAAGUGGCGAAACGUAGUGGUGCAACUGAGAAACCUAGGGUUUCGUUGGAUUUCCAUUUCUUCGUAGACUCGUACUCCGCCGGGGAAGUAGAAGAAGACCCUUCUGGACUCUACAAGUCUUCCAUGGAAGUUGAGCAUCAUUUAUCCGACGAAAAGUUGGAACUAGCUGAGGAGCUUCCUAACACUCAAGAACAAUGCGAAGCUGUUGUCGAGAUGGAUGACUCGCACCUCCUCGGGAUUUCUCCAGUUGUUGUUGAUGUCGCCACUGUGGUCGAAGAAGAAGGUAGGCCUACGACGGAAGUAGAGAUGGAAACGGAAGAAGCUGAGGCUACAGAGAAGAGCGGAAGAGGUGGAAGAAGUAAGCGAGGUACGCAGCCACGGGUUCAGACAAAAGUUCUAUCGAAGGGGAAAGUGGAAGAAGAUGUUUGUUUUGUAUGCUUCGAUGGCGGGAACCUUGUACUUUGUGAUCGUCGGGGCUGCCCUAAGGCGUAUCAUCCUACUUGUGUGAAUCGGGAUGAGACAUUCUUCCGUUCCAAGGGUCGCUGGAAUUGUGGAUGGCAUAUAUGUAGCACAUGUGAAAAGUCUGCUCAAUUCAUGUGCUAUACGUGUACAUAUUCUUUGUGUAAAACAUGCAUUAAAGAGGCUGAAUUUGUGUCUGUUAGAGGAAACAAAGGUUUCUGUGGGGCGUGCUUGAGAAUAGUUAUGCUGACUGAAAAAAAUGAGCAGGGAAGCAAGGAAAUGGGUCUGGUAGAUUUUAAUGACAAAAAUAGUUGGGAGUAUCUCUUUAAGGAGUAUUGGUUAGAUUUGAAAGGAAAGCUGUCAUUAACUUUUGAUGAAGUCACACAAGCUAGAAAUCCAUGGAAAGGGUCUGAUGCACUGGGCCAAGAGGAAGAAUCUUCUGUUGAGGUCUAUGAUGCUAAUGAAGAUAAAGGUUAUAGCUCAGACAGCUCUGCUGGGAACCUUGAAAGAAGCAGUUUUAAACGAAGAAAGCCAAAAAAGCGGCUAAAGUCCACCAAGGAUGUUAAUUCUUCAAGUGCAGCCGGAGACAGUGUUGAAGGAAUGUCUAUACCUGAUGGCGCUGAGUGGGCUUCCAAGGAGCUCUUGGAAUUUGUUGCGCACAUGAAAAAUGGUGAUACAUCUGUCUUGUCUCAGUUUGAUGUCCAGGCGCUCUUGCUAGAAUAUAUAAAGAGAAAUAAUCUUCGUGAUCCUCGUCGAAAAAGUCAAAUAAUUUGUGAUUCAAGGCUAGAAAAUUUGUUCGGCAAAGCACGUGUAGGGCAUUUUGAAAUGUUGAAGCUUCUGGAAGUGCACUUUCUUAUGAAAGAAGACUCACAUCCUGAUGAUGUUCAAGGGGGUAUUGUUGAUGCUGAGGGGAGUCUCCUGGAGGUUGAUGAUAAUACUGAUGCACUAAUGAAGGCUGGUAAAGAUAAGAGACGUAAAACACGUAAAAAGGGGGAUGAGAAAGAACCACAGAUAAAUCUGGAUGAUUAUGCAGCAAUUGAUGUGCACAACAUCAACUUAAUUUACCUGAGACGUAACCUGAUGGAGGAGUUACUUCGAGAUACUGAAACCUUCCAUGGCAAGGUUGUUGGCGCACUUGUUAGAAUUAGAAUAUCUGGCAGCAGUCAAAAGCAAGAUAUGUAUAGGCUUGUUCAAGUUGUAGGUACCUGCAAGGUGGAUGAACCUUACAAAACUGGCAAAAGGACUACAAAUUUCAUGCUCGAGAUAUUAAAUUUAAACAGGACAGAGAAAAUUUCAAUUGAUACAAUUUCAAACCAGGAGUUUUCUGAGGAUGAAUGCAAGCGUUUACGCCAGAGCAUAAAAUGUGGAUUUAUUAAACGAAUGACAGUGGGUGAGGUUCAGGAGAAGGCCAUGGCCCUCCAAACAACGAGAGUUAAUGAUUGGCUGGAAACUGAGAUAUUGCGGCUUAGUCAUCUUCGUGAUCGAGCCAGCGAAAAGGGGCAUAGAAAGGAGCUUAGAGAAUGUGUAGAAAAGUUGCAGCUCCUUAACACACCCGAAGAGCGCUCCCGUAGGCUACGGGAAGUUCCUGCAGUACAUGCUGAUCCUAAAAUGGAUCCUAGCCAUGAAUCUGAUGAAGAUGAAGGAGAACCUGAUGAUAACAAUAGAGACAACUAUUUGAGACCAAGAGAUGGUGGAUUUGGUUGGAAGGGGAGGGGACCAAUCUCUCCAGGAAAAGGAGGUUCAACUUCAAGUGAUAAUUCCUGGAGUGGAGCAAGGAAAAAUAUUUCUGCCAGCUGGGAACCAAGUAAAAUUGUUCCUGGAAAAGGUUCCUUGGAAAGAAGAGAUUUACACCAACCAAACACUUGGGAAAAAUCAAAUAUCCAGGUGGCUACAACUGGUUCAGAUGCAGAUGCUUGGACCAGCCAAGCCACUUUGACAUCUGGUUCAUCAUCUGGGCUUGCGGCAAUGAGUACACCUACACCUUCAGAGCAGUCAUCUAAUAUUAGUGACACAGAACAAAUAUGGCUUUACCAGGAUCCAUCUAGAAAAAUACAAGGACCAUUUUCUAUGGUUCAACUGCGUAAAUGGAGCACAACUGGGUACUUCCCUGCUGAUCUGAGAAUAUGGAGAACAACUGAGAAGCGAGAUGACUCAAUCCUUUUGACUGAUGUGUUGAAUGGGAAGUUCUAUUUGGAGCCACCCCGGAGGGACAACAGCUUUUCACAGUCUCAAAAGGCAAUAAUUGCAUCUGAUAAUGGAGAAAAUAACUGGGAUGGUUGUUGGAGAGGGAACAAAAGCUCAUCAUGGACAGAAAAAACAGAGUGUGAUGGAAGCUGGAACCCAAGUUGGAAGGAUUCAGGCAGCCGUGUUAACAGUAGUGGUAAUGCUGAUUAUGCAAAAAAUGAAGGGUGGGUCUCUCAGUCAACUGGUUGGACUGCACAAGCAAUGGAAGCUAGCAAGCCCAAAGAAGUACAAGGUGGAAAUUCUUCACGAGGCUGGGACUCGUCAAAGGCAAACAGUGCUUGGUCUGCUCAGCCCCAAGUGCACAGUCCACAUCCAUCAUACAGAAUGCCUUUGCAGCAAGGAAGAGACAGUCAAGGGAGAGAUGGAUGGAGUUCUGGUUCGAAUCAUGGAACUUGGAAUUCAAAUGAAUCCAGUGGGAUUCAGACUAGCAGUAAACAUGGUCAUGAGAAGCAAUCUGGUAAGUGGGGUUCUUCAGGCCAAUCAUCUCUGGAAAGUGGUAGAUCUGAACUGGAAAAUAGGAAGAGCUGGUCUACGGCAUCCUUCGUUGAGACACCUAAAUUUGCUAGAGAAGGCUGGGCUUCUGACCAUGGCAGAAGAAAUGAUUCAUCCAACCUCUCUACUCCCACUACUCCGAAGCCAAAUAUCUCAGGCUGGUUGGGGGGCCAGGUUUCGGCUCCUAGUCAUCCCACAAAUUCUGGUUGGGGCCCAACUCAAAGCCCACGAGUAAAUGUGGCAGAACAUUCUCCUGCUUCUGUUCGUGAACCUCUCAAGAGUACAUCUGAUUGGAGUGAGCACCGCCAUAUUUCUGUCAAGCCGUUGCUUGGGGGAUGGGAAUCCCACUCUGAUUCUCCUUCCAUGCCCAAAUCAUCCAAGACACUGGAUCAAGGUGGCAAAAUUGAUUUUUCAAAUACCCCACCUCGAACCCCAAAGCCAAGCAGUGGUAUGUGGACAGGGGUUCAGAAUGCAGGAAACAAAUGGGAUGCAGCUUUGGCAGGUACUGCUGACCAAACAACCGCUGGCUUGGGUGGUGCUCCUAACCAAGUGCGUGAUGCUUCCCCAGUAAAUGAACCUAGUAAAGUUUCUGUUCAAUGGGGUGGACAGUCUCCCACCCCAGAAAAAUCUCCUGGUGGAGAAUGGGAGUCUGAUGCUCAGUGUUCUACUUUUAAGCAAACUGAAACAAUCAAUUCUGAUGAGGCCACUACAUCUCCUGAAUGCAGCCAAGUCAAUCAUAGUUCCAGCUCACCAUCUGCUUCAGUGAAGCCAAGUGGUGAGAGCGGGAGUAUUUCUGGAUACAGUGAAUCAGGUUCUGGUUUCUCCACCAAAAAUGAAUUUGUAUCAUCUCCCUCUGGGUUGGUCCCUAUCUCUGCGACAGGUGCAAAGUGCUUGAUCCAGGAUCAUGAAAAUGGUUUUCCAAGCUUGGUGAAUGGUUCAAGUUCAUCACUUGACCUUGAGAAGGGUAGAAGUUUAAGCUGCCUGCAUGAUAUGCAAAUUCCUUCCCAAUCUACUGUGGCAGAUGACCCACAGAAGUUUGCUCAGGCUAAUGUGCUUUAUACCCAAAAGAAGCCCAGUGCUAAUUCUCUUGAAGGUGCUGUAAUUGAUGCCGGCAUAGUACCUGGUGAUUUUUUGGCUCAUGUUGAAGUAGAGAAAGGUGAGCUUUCAAAUAGUUGGUCAGACCCUUCUGCACCUUCUUCUGUUGGGAGAAAUACGAAUAUAGGUGUUGAUUCAGAACCAAACACUGGCCAAAAAUCCAAAGCUGCCAAAUCAGGUAACCCAAACUUGGAUUCUCAUGGCACAGCUGAUCAUACUGAAAAUCAUCCUAAUCCAGGCUCAUCAGUUUCUGAAUUGGCACCCUCUCAUAAUUGGGUGCAGCUGCCAGGUACACAGGGAAGUGAUUGGUCUGCCCCAUCAGCAGCUCCACCUAGACAGCCUGUGAGCUGGGAUGUAGCUCCAGGUGCUUUCCAUGGCAGCUUUCAAAACAGAUCCUUCGCUCCUGCUGAUCCUCAUAAACCUCUCUUGGCCAUGUCAAGGAAACAAUGUGAAAGGAGUUCAAGUGUUCACGUUCAAUCACCAACCAACCAUGCUUGGGGUACAACUCAAGAAAAUUCAAAUGCUAGCGGGGCCCAGCCACAGGGAAAUGCGAACACGGGCAGGGGAGGAUCAGCACAAGGAAGUACAAACACAGUUGGGGGUGCCGAUCAGGGUACAACUAUGGAAGGAAGUACAAAUAUGGGUUGGGGCACAACAGGUGUGCAAGCAGAAAAGUCGGGCACAUGGGCAAGCCAGCUGAAGCACAAUGGGGAGAUGUUUUCUAGCUAGGAGGACUGGGUCUUUCAGGGUGGUGAUUCUGGUCGCGGUACUGGUGGUGGUAGGACAUUGAACAGGCAAUCAUCAUUAGGUGGAGGGUCUUCUUGGACGCCUCUGAAGGGACAGAAAGUGUGCAAAUUUCAGGAGAGUGGGCAUUGCAGGAAAGGAACAGAAUGUAGUUAUUUGCACAUAUGAUUCGGUGAUAAUGCAUAAGUAUAACGAAACAGUAGGGUUUUGUACAGUUAAUUCAAUCUUAGAUUUCUUGUUACUUUCCCCUCCCUUUGGCCCGCUGUACUUCUAAUGCUUUUGGCAUGGUUCUCUAAAAUAGUUGGCAUACAUAUACCACCUUCAUCCUGAUUCACACCCACAAUUUUGCAACAAGAAGGCCGAAAUUACUUUAGGGUCUGUUUCAAUGUAAAAUAUUUUUUCUCCAUGCCCUCAAAUUAGGUAGGGGUUUGAUUUGGUAGUA